UGAAAAUAAGGUUAAGAGGACAAUAAGGCAGAGCUGUACAGGAGAGACGAAACAGAGGACAGUCAGAGGUGCAAAGCUGCUCUGAACACCAGAGAUUAGCUGUUCACUUUUUAUGGUCAGAAGGGAGGCUGGAUUGUCAUUCAGCCAGAGAAAGGAGGAGGGGUCGGCAGACGGCAGAGCUGGGGAGGGGAGGGAGAUAGAGGAGGAAAAAGGAGUGGCUUUCUACAGAUAGGCGCCCCUCUCCACCGGAGUAAAGUCUUCUCUCACAGGCAGCUCAUGGGAGUGGAAAUAAAACAGAAACUCUGAUAUCCAAACCAAAGAAGAAGAUAAAGACUUGACUUCACGCCUCCUUUUGUACCAGUCAGGCUGUAUGAGGGUUUCACUCAACCAUGGCAUCAGCAGCUCCCCAGAAAAGGAUGGUCUCGUCUGUCUUCAUCACGCUGUCGUCCCCUCACCGAGCCACCGUGACACAGCAGCAGCAGCAGCAGCAGCAGCAGCAGCAGCCGGCCCUCCACAGCCACAGCGGCCCAGACAGGCAGCACAGCGCUGCAGGUGAUGACCUCUCCUCCCUCAGGCAGAGAGCAGCGGAGACGUCACCCACUAGCACUGACAGAAACUGGACCGGUGUGGGGCCCCGGGCCAAAGCGUCCGGCCCUCACAGUCAACCCCAGCCUGCCUCAACAGGACCCACCAAAGCCGAGGUGCAGGAGAAAAACAGGAACUCUUCAGAGCUUUUCCCUCCUCCUCCUCCUGACGUUCUACCUUCAUCGUUCUCUAAAGAUGCAGCUCCUCCUCCUCCUCCUCCUCCGUCCCUGAUCUCUCCCCUCCGUCCACAGAGUCCCGACCAGCUCCCAGUUUCCAACAAAGAGGUGAAAGCAUUUUCACCAACCAGAGGCUCAAAACAUAAUGAAGAAACUAACGGGAUUCACAGAAACAGCCACGACGCGACCACAGAGAGCAAAGAUUUGUGUGGCUUCUGUCGGAAACCCAUGACCCUCUCUGAACCUGCGAUAGAAGCCCUGAACAGGAUUUACCACGAGGGCUGCUUCCAGUGCAGAUCCUGCCACGUUCCCCUGGCUGGGAAGCAGUACUACAACAAGGCAGGAAUCCCUCUGUGUGAAGGCUGCUAUCAGGCCAGUUUGGAGCUGUGCUGGACGUGCGGGGAGAUUAUCACCGACCAGAUAAUCCGUGCAAUAGAGCGAACGUACCAUCCCUCCUGUUUCACCUGCACAACAUGCAACCAGCAAAUUGGAGCGCAAGCUUUUGCUCAGGGGGACGUUGGUGAAGUUUACUGCCUGCAGGACUACUACAGGAAAUAUGCUCCGAUGUGUAGUGCCUGUGACCAGCUCAUCAUUCCUAAAGAAGAUGGUACUGAUAGCUACACUGUUGAGUGUCUGGGGCGCUCCUACCAUGAGAACUGCUACAGAUGUGAGGACUGUGGCAUCCAGCUCUCCCCUGAACCAAACGAGCGCGGCUGCUAUCCUUUGGAAGGGAAAAUGUUGUGCAAAGCCUGCCAUGUCAGCCUGGUUUCUGGGCAACAGUAACAUCACCUGUGCUCGCUGCAAGCAAGAGAAGACUGAGUGUUCAGCCCAACGAUUCACAUGUGCCUUCACAGGAAAGCAUGCGUCACAAUGCUUUCUUUGAUAUCGCAUUUAAUUACUUUCCAAUAUGUCAGGCUUUCAGAGAAAUACGAAUCAACUUUUCUUUAAUACUUGAUCAUUUUGCACUCGAGAUAAAAAUGCGUUGAACAUAUUUAUGCAACUGGCUUUGCAAAAACUAUUUGUAACAAACUAGUAGAAUCUGGAUUUUUUAGCUUCGUACAACAAAAAAAUAUAUAUUUUAAGCAUUUAUAGAAAAUCUAAAGUAACAUAAUAUAUAGCCUGUUAAAUUAGGUUCUAAGAUACAUGCAUGAAUUGGAAAUGUUGCACACUCAGUAUAUAAAUGUAUUUAGUUCAUAAUCAUAUAACAGGUUAAGACAAAUCACAGAUCAAAACAGCAGAUAAAGAGAAAGAAAGAUUCCUAAGUAAACAAGUCAGAGCCUGCAUUAUUCAUCCUGGUUUGUCAAAUCUAUUUCAGCUUUUUCAAUAAAUGGAUUUUAUUUUUACAGUCUAUAUCUCAAAAUGGCUUCUGGAAUUACAGAUCUUUUGAAAUAUGUCACAAAAAAAAUUAAAAAAAAUCUUUUUCUAAGAAAAACGGUUUUGCUGUUUUGAUUUAAAAAAAAACAACAAACUAUGACCAGUUGUAGACAAAACCUUUCCAUUAUGGUAUUUUCAUAAAUGCAUGAUUUUUGUUAGGUUUUAUUUAAGCUUUCAAAUAUGGAUAGACUGGCCAGCUUCAAUAGCUGAUAUUUAUAUUGCUGUUCUGGCCGAUAAUCAGUUUUUAAAGAUGUUACAUGUAUAUUUUCUUCAUCUUUAGAGUAUUUAUUGAGAAAGACAGACUUACAGGCACUGAAGGAGACAGGAAAGGGAAGUGGAGAAUACUGGCAAUGAACACAGGAGGAAGCAACGAGGGAUGGGCAGAGAACAGAAAGGCUCUGACAAGGAAUGACGGAAAACAUGAGGAUUAAUUGUUAGGAAGUGAUUAGUGGCAUGGAAAUAAGGUGAGUCCAAAAUCUGAAUGUACAGCUGUGUUGGUAAUGUGACAAUGAAUACUUAAAAUUAUAGAAAAACUAACAAAGCAAAGCAAACAAACCCAAAACGGAGCACAACCCAGCAUGAGAAUCACUCAAAGUACCAAGCCAAAAUUUGACAAGAAAGAGUGUUAACAGGAAAACAGGAAGUAAAGGGAACACAGCCUACCAAAAUAAAACAGGAACUGAGAUUCACAAAGACAGGCAGGGGAAGCCAGAUUAGCUAAGAUUAUAAGAGUAAACAAUAACUAAGAUUUAUAAAUAGAAACCAGGAUCUUACUGAGAUUUUAAUACGACUUAAAGCAAUUACAAAAACACUCCAGGACGCAAGAGGAACAUUUUUUGGGGGAAAAGUGGUUCUUCUGCUUCAAAUUUUAUAAUUAUGUUUUUUUUAUUAUUAUUAUUUUAAUCUUUAAUAUACCAUAAUUUGCACAUAGCUUUAUAGUUGUUGUUUGUCUAAUUAUAUUGUUAAAUAUUUAAUUAGAUGUUAUGAUAAGUGUCUUUAAAAGCCUUUACAGAACAUGUUGUACUUUUACUUGGGUAAAAAUAUUUGAGGACAAUUUUUGGGGAACUCUGGCCACUUCUGAUUAAUAAUAAUCAAAACUGGGUAGUAACUAGUUGCAUUUACUCAGUUACAUUAACUUGAGUAACUUACUGGAAAAAUUUAGAAGUAUAUUUACAAUACUGUACUUUUGACUUUUACUUGAGUAAUUUUAUUAUAUUGAAUAAAAUUUCUGGAUACUCUAGUCACUUCACUGAAUGAAGAAUAAGCUUGCUUUAACCAAAAAUUGGUAAUGUCUAUUCACCAGACAUAGACACACACCUACAGUUUUAGUUAAGGUACCACAAGAUUUUAAUCUUUGAAUAAAUUUAUUUGGAAUUUUU